AAUUAAUGUAAUUCUUUGUUAUAAAAUCAAUUACAAUGAGUUCCAAUGACUUUCAGAUCAGAUUAAUUAAUAACGAAAAGGGUAAAGGUCUUAUUGCUGUUCGUUCAUUUAAAGAUGGAGAUACAAUCUUGGAAGAAAAACCUAUAAUUUGUUGUCAAUUUGCAUGGAAUUUAGACUAUGGAUAUUUAGCUUGUGACAAUUGUUUAAAACCUUUAGAGACUGCUGAGGAAAAUGUACGCAGAUUAACUGAAAAUUCAGCAAUUAUUUUACCUCAUUCAGAAUGCUGCGAAACAAAGAAAGAUUUAAUUACAGAAUGUCCUGAAUGUGGUACAAAAUAUUGUAGUGUUGAAUGUCAGAAUGAAGCUUAUUUGAGAUAUCAUAGUACAAUAUGUCUACAAUCAAGAGAAAAAGAUGAAUCUCAUCCGUUGGUGCAAUUAAAUGAAACAUGGAAGCAAAUGCAUUAUCCACCAGAAUCAGCAACAGUAAUGUUAUUAGUGAAAAUGGUAGCUCUUGUUAAUCAAGCCAGUAAUAAAGAAAAUAUCCUUUCAACUUUUUCACAAUUUUGUCAUCGUACAGUGAAUGAUAGACAUGAAAUUGCACAUAAACUAUUAGGAGAAAGAUUUAUUGGUCAAAUUGAUGUACUCAGACAAAUGAUGCAGAAAGCUGUAAAUACAGAAUUUACAGAACAUUGGUUCACACCAGAAGGAUUUAAAAGUCUCUUAGCAUUAGUAGGUACAAAUGGUCAAGGAAUUGGAACUAGUGCAUUUAGUCGUUGGGUUAAAAAUGUAUCUGCUUUGGAAUUACCAAGAGACGAAAGAAUUCAUAUUGACAAAUUAAUAGAUCGAAUUUAUUAUGAUAUGGAAGAUGCAGUGGCAUUUUUUCUAAACAAUGAAGGUUCAGGCCUUUAUGUUCUGCAGUCAUCUGUAAAUCAUAGUUGUGUACCAAAUGCAAUUGUAGAAUUUCCUUACUCAAACAAUGUAUUGGUUUUAAAAGCUAUACGUGAUAUUCAUCCUGAAGAGGAAAUAUGUAUAAACUAUCUUGAUGAAUGUUGUUUAGAAAGAAGUAGACAUUCUCGACAGAAAGCUUUAAGUUCUUUAUAUUUGUUCCACUGCUAUUGUAACAAGUGCGUAUCACAAGCUAAUGAUCCAGAUUUAACAUCAGAAGAUGAAAUAGAUGAUGACAUGUCCAGUUGA